AUGCGGUUGAUUCGCUGUUUGAUGAAAACCGGCGCUUUUCCAUAUUUGACAUCAGAUUUUGCUGAAUCGUCUCCAGAAACAUGUUCAAGAUUUCUGCGGCAGCAACAGCAUAUUGAAAUCGAACCAUUCCAUGACGAUGGAACAAUGAUGAACAAUAUAACAUUGGGAAGUGUCGAUGAUGACUCCUAUAUAACUGCUGUACCGUCAUUGGAAAUAUUGGCGACUGAUGAGGAUAGUUCAUGCUAUCAGUCGUUGAGCAAUGAAACAUCAGAAAAUGUUGAUCCAAAUGAUUUUCAACGAUCAAUUAGUAUGAAUAAAAAUGGUGCUGGAAAAUUGCUGUUUGAUCUGAAUCAAUAUCCAAACGAUACAGUUAAAAAGAAAAUGGAACGUGCUGAAGUGGACAAAUUAAUUGCUUACAUACUUUAUCUGCUGACUAAACGGCGUCACCAUCCCACUGAUGUCAACAGUAACUGUAUUGAAAGAGAACCUUUCACAUUUAAGAAGUUCUUACAAAUGUUCCGUACAGCACGUUCAGCUAGCCCCGAUAAAGAACGAAAGUCUGGUAUACUGGAGGGUUUAUUUAAUCGAACGGAAGCUCGUUCAAGCCUUUUCACUAAAAAAAAUCCAUUACCUUUCGGUCUAUUACUGAAUGCACUUUCAUUCUCUAUCGACGCUGAUGGCGACGACAAUUAUGAGACGGCUAAAAGGCUUGUAAAUAGUGAUUUCAACGAGAUCCUUACCACGUCAAACAACAUACAUUCAUUCUUUAAUGCUUUUAUUGUAUCUUAUUUUGCUCUUAAAAGUUCCGCGGCAGAGCCGGCAUAUCUAGAUUUAUUGGACUGCAUUGGAAAAACCAAACCAAGUGAGCAAAAAAUUAGAAAUGCUAUUAACAUACUGGCGCAUGACGAAUCAAAAACUGUUGGAUUGCAAACUGACUUAGAAAAUCGGAAAUAUCAGCAAAGAGGACGUGGCUUAAAUAGAGACAGAUGUACUGUCAUAGAAAUGAAAAGGAAUGCUCGACGUGCGAAGCUGUCAGUCGAUGAUGGCUUUCGUAGUGAGACUGAAUCCCCCAGUUUUAAAUCUGACGAUCUUCAAGAAGCUCCUCUUCCAAAGGCUAUAGUAAAGCCCAGAUCAGUUUCUCGUCAUCGGAAGCUUUGCGCAAAUCCUCAGCUUAGUUCAAUGAGCAGCUCAUCUUACUGUGAUUCGAGUCAAAAUACAACUAAUUUGACGUCUACACCGCUCAAGUCCCCACCACCUCCACCACCACCACUUCCACCACCACCGGCUCUUUUAUCAAGUUCAAGCAUGGGAUCAUUGAUGCUGCCUUCGGUGGUAAAAUCAGAGAAUACAUACAAAAAAAGCCGUGCAACAAAUACUAUUCACUGGGAGGCGGUUAGAUCGGAUGUUACCGUCAACAAUCUAACAGUUUUUAGUGGUCCUGAUAAGUCUGAAGCAAAUUUUAGCGAGGAACAGCGAGACAGAGUACAAUUUAACGUUGACAUUUUAAUUUCGUUACUGGAAAAAGCGUUUGAGCGAAUUAAACGAGGUUUUCAUGACUCACAAUUUCGGCUUGGCAAUAAAGCAUGUUCUCAAGUAGUUCAGUUGUUAAACGAGAAGCGAGCUCUAAGUCUGGGUAUUGUACUAGCAAAAUUUCGGCCGAUAACUGUAACACAGUUGGUAAACAUGCUGGAGACGCAAGCUGUUAAUGAUUUGGAUACUGAUACAUUGGAUACACUCUUAAAACAUUAUCCCCAAGAUGAAGAAAUUAACCUGUUUACUAAAUAUUCGUCUCCGGAAACGCUGAAAGAUGCUGAACUUUUUUGCUAUUUAGCCAGUGGACAUCCUCUUUUGAAACUUCGCAUUGAAUUAAAAGUGAUUAGCGACUUUACAAGACCAGAUCUGACUCGGCAGUCGGAAUGCGUUACAGCGUUGUUAACAGCGUGCAAAAAUAUAUAUAACAGCGCUAGUAUUAAUGUACUUUUACGUCGGUGCCUUCAGUAUGGAAAUUUCCUUAAUCAGUCAACAUUUGCUGCUCAUGCGAGUGGAUUUACGCUAAAUUCUUUACUGGAUGUCUUAAGAGCGAAAGGUACAUCUGAGAAUAUACGUUUAGUAGAUAUAUUAGCGGAAAUGGCUGAACCGUUGUUACGAGAAGUUGUCGAUCAUAUUCCACCAUUGAAAGCGAUUAGAGGAAGCACAGUCGAAGAGCUGGAAAAGUCAGUUGGAGCUGCGCAUCGGAAAGUGAGAGGUGCGAUGAAAGAUUUGCAGGAUUGUGGAGACGAUGGACUUUGCAACUUUUACAUGCCUUCCUUACGUGAUGCAUUGAAAAAAUAUGAUUAUUUGGAGAGUUUACUGAAGGAAAUACGACAUAAAGAAAAAGAUCUACAAGUCUUUUACUGUACUCCUAAUAUGCCGUUGGAGAAACUGUUGAUAACGUUACUGGAUGCGAUUUGCUUGUUCCAGGAUGCUGUAACCGCCGCAAAAGAAAAAGAACUACGGCGCUUAAGGCAGUCGAAAUACCGAAUAGUUACAGCUGCUAAAGACGGUUUUAAUACACCUUUGAAAAGACGGCGCAAUUAUAUAGAGUCACCAAAUGUGAAAGAUCUUGUUCAGCUGCUGGAUACGACUGACGCAACAGAUAUAUUGUUCUUUUCUCACUAG